AUGAAUGGCGAUACAAAGAAAUUGAUUGAUGAACUCAAUUGCGAGACAUUCAAGAAACACGACCUCAAGACGGAACUCGAAUGGCUUAAGAAGACUGUGGUUGCCAUCAACAGUCCGAUUGUCUUUUGUCACAAUGACUUCAGAGGCAGUAAUAUAAUGGUUACCAAAAACAACAACAACUCCAACGAUGAGAUAGUACUUUGCGACUUUGAAUACUCGUGCUAUGGGUACCGGGGCUUUGAUCUUGGUACUAUUCUCGUGGAAUGGGGUCGUUCUAUGAACGAUAUGACAAAACUACACGACUUUCUCGAAGACUCGGCGAUUGAAUCACUGCUUCAGCACUAUAUCGACGAAUCGGUGAGAAUUUUUGGCCAAAAGUAUUUGGAAAAUAAAAACAAUUCAAUGGAUCAGUUGCUGAGAGAAGUGAAACUGUUUGUACUGAUCGGCAAUAUAUUCUUCAUUUUGUUUGGUAUACAAAAUGAUGACAACAACGAACAGAUAAUGGAUAAGAAAGUAAUGAUGAUCUCCUUCAAAUACCAAUAG